AUGAAUUCAGCUGUGAAACCAACUGCAGUGGUUGCUUCCUGCUCGGCGAAUGAAACAUUGUCUUCUGGCUUGCUGCGUCGUGGCUCCAAGGUUGUUGGUAUCUAUGCAAAUGCGCACAGUCCACAUAGCAGCUCCUCUGGUCCAUCAUAUUCCGUUCGGGAACCGGUCAGCGCCCAUACACUCAGUACCGGCCGCGCUCCGCGUACCGGUCGAAAAACACUGGAACCCAUGUUAGUUGCAUUUUUCCAAACAGCUAGGAGUUUGGUAAAUAAAUUUGCCGGUUUGUCUACUUCUUAUCUGGGUUAUCCGUUGAGAGAGCAGAAAACGGUCUCAGGAAGCAAUGUUUCUGUUGUGCAGAACUGUAUUUUGCUCACCCUUAAGCGUGAAUAG